GAAGUGUUCAAAGUCUAUAUACAUAUAUGAUCAGAGCUAAACAUUAUUGAUUAGAAUUGUAAGUAAUAAUAGAUAUAUCAUAAAACAUGACCUUGGAACAUAAAUGUGCUGUUACACAUUCAGUUCGUUAUCUUAAUUAUCCAUUUAUAUAUGAAUAUCAUGUCCAUAUAUUAAAAUAGAAACUUAAUAAUAGUGUUAGUAUAAAAUGUAUAUUCUAGUUAUUAUACCAUUGUUUCUUAACUUGUAUCAUGUUAGAACUUGGAAUGUAUACGGAUAUAUGGAAUCUCAGAUACCAGAGCAAAUACAUAUUGCUUUAGGAGAGCAACCAUCCACCAUAAGUAUUACUUGGGUUACACAAGAAAAUACAGAGAGUUCAACUGUACUCUAUGGUACUAUGCUGUUAAAUAUGAAAAGUACUGGCUACGUUAAAGAGUUUAUUGAUGGAGGACGUGAACAACGCAAAAUGUAUAUGCAUCGAGUGAUCUUAUCCGAUUUAAUUGGUAAUACAACUUAUUAUUAUAAAUGUGGUAGUUUAGAUGGUUGGUCAGAUGUUUUGAAAUUUCGUGCUCUCCCAUCUCAUCCUUAUUGGUCACCUAAAAUAGCAGUUUAUGGAGAUAUGGGGACAACUGAUGCACUUUCACUACCCGAACUAAUUCAUCAAGUCAAAGAUUUAAAUAGUUAUGAUGUGGUAUUACAUGUUGGUGAUUUCGCCUAUAAUAUGGAUUCAGAUAACGCAAGAGUUGGUGAUCAAUUUAUGCGUAAUAUACAACCAAUUGCAUCAAAAGUUCCUUAUAUGACAUGUGUUGGUAACCAUGAAGCUGCUUACAAUUUCUCAAAUUACAAAGCAAGAUUCACAAUGCCUGGAGGUGAUGGCGAAUCACAAUUUUAUAGUUUUAACGUUGGACCAGCGCAUAUUGUGGCAUUUUCUAGUGAAUUAUAUUACUUUUUAUUUUAUGGAUGGAAAACAUUAGUGAUGCAAUAUGAUUGGUUGAUUAAAGAUUUACAAGAAGCGAAUAAACCAGAAAAUCGAAAAAAUCAUCCAUGGAUUAUUGUAAUAGGUCACAGACCAAUGUAUUGUUCAAAUAAUUUUGAUCCAAUGCAUUGUGAUUUUGAAAACAAUAUUGUACGCACCGGAUUCGACAUAUCACCUGACCAUCAUAAAAAUGUAUAUCUUAUGGGAUUGGAAAGCUUAUUUUAUCAGUAUGGUGUGGAUUUAAUCAUUGCUGGUCAUGAACACUCAUAUGAGAGAUUUUGGCCAGUUUACAACAGAACCGUUUGUAAUUCUACAACGAGUCAAAAUCCAUACAAUAAUCCAAACGCUCCAAUACAUAUUGUUAGUGGAGCUGCUGGAUCAAAUGAAGGUAAAGAUACAUUUAUAUAUGGUGGGAAACCUUGGUCUGCAUUUCGAACAACUGAUUUCGGAUUUACUAGAAUGACGAUACAUAACGUUACUCACUUAGAAAUUGAACAAAUUUCAGUGGAAAAUAUCCAGUUUGAGUUUUUUAAUUACAAUCGCUUCGGCAAAACGGGGAGAAGCCGUAUUUCUUUGUCUGCAACUAAUUUCAAAAGCUUGAGGAAUGUUAAUGGUAUACGCGGUGUGAAGUAAAUACCGAGCUAUUACACUGUUGAGAGCCCUAGUCCUUCACAUUCUCAAUUUCUUUGGAAUGUGCUCAUAAAUGAGAACAUGUACUCUUCUCUCGGUUCUUCCAAUGUAUGUGCUCCAGAUAUAUACGUAAAAUUCUAAUACAUAUUUGGUUGUAAGUAGCUGAUGAGAAACUACGAAAUAUAAUGAAUUCAUAUUAUUCUACAUCAAUAUUUGUUCUGGCUUUAUUUAAAUCUAUCCCAUGCUCAAUUUAUUCGAAAUUAUCAUGUAAGGACACCGACAAACUCAUUGUUAUCCUUUUUAGUAAUAUUUAUGUAAAAAUGAUUAGUUCUUAUUUAUUACAACUAAACAUCAAUCGAUUACUGAUAAUGAACAGUUUGAAUUCUAUCAAGAAGUGAUUGAACUUAGAAUAAACCUUCAAUUAAUUAGUUAAUUAUUUAUGUGUAAAUGAAAGUUUCAAAAUUGUUCCUAUCAAACCAUAAUCAAAACUAAGCUAACCUGUCUCGACAAAAUCAGCUCGAUUUCUAUGAUUAUUUUAUGUGACAGAUGAGAUGCUUGAGUCAAUCAUUUAUCCCUUUUUGUUAUAAGAGCUUCCUAACGUUCUUGUAACUUGUAAUUGUUCAAUUAUGCAAACGAUAUAAAGCUUUACAAAAGGAACAGUUUCUGUUCUACACUUUUACUAGUGAAAACUAUUCUGAAUGUUGUUUACUGCAAUAUUCUGUUUCGUACUUCACGACUUUAUGACGUAAGAUAUAUCAUACUCUAUUUUCUAGUCAGGAUAGUAUAAUCUAUCGAUUUAUUCAUAUAAAUGAUAAUCAACUCGAAAUAAUAUAUAAAUUGCAUAAUUGAUAGGGUAAUUGUUAAGUUUGCUACUUGAUUAACAUAGUAUACGGGUUACGACUAUGACAUUAGAACGCUGAACUUCCCCGUCGCAAAUCAGAAGACAGAAGAAAAGCUGGAGAAGUGUUUAUUUGGUAAGAAUCAAAGUGUACAGAAAAUCACAGGUAUUUAUAGAUAUUAGCAUUUGUUAAAUCAAUAUUAUAUAUUGGCCAAUCCGCUAAAGGACAUCUUAUGCUACUGACUAAUAGUAGUACGCCACAUUGAUAUUCUAGAAAGCUCCAUCGUGUUUUGAUUGGCUGGAAAUCUUCGGCUCCUUUAAGGCCUCUGGAGACUCCGUUGUAGUUCUCGGAAGCCGACUCAACAGUAAACACCAAAUCUAUAGAUCAACAACGAUUUAAUAGAACUAACCUUCAUAAAACAAAACAGUUGCAUUUAACUCUUAAAAUUAAAUAUCAUUUGCUUUUGAUCAGAACUUUUAUAGUUUUUACAAUGAAUGAUUCAGCUUAACUGUAUUUCAUAAUUAACGUUUAUUGUGUUUAUUUUUAACAUUUUUAAAGGAAAGAAAAGGUCAAGUAAUUGAUUCCUUUACAAUCAUCAAGGAUCAACAUGGAGCAGGUUUAUAUACUUGUCAUAAUAAAGAUUCAUUUGAUUACAACAGUAUUAUAGAUGUUUAAUUGUUGUUGUUAUAUAAUUCUCAACAAUCAAUAUAUUAUUUCCCUCUUUCAAACCCUGUGAUUAUUAAUUUUGAGCAAAAUAUACAUUUUUUCAGAA